UGGUUGGUUCAAGUGUGCCUCAGACUCAGACAACAGAAAGAGACAUAGGAAGCAAACUUAUCUCUUAGUAAACCCAAUCUAACACAGAACUAAAGAUUGCCAGGAGGUCCAUAUAAAAAGCCAAAGAAGAAUGUUAUGAGAGCAAAGGGAAGCAUAUCAGAAUGCCAAUGCCUAGGUUUCUGAUAGCUAUUAUCUUUCUCAGUUUGAGAAUAUUAGAUGUUUCGGAGGCUGCCCAUGAAGAGAAGGUUCCAUCUGCACUAGUUGUGGGCACUGUUUUCUGUGACAAAUGCUUCAAGCAAGAGUUCUCAAGGACCAGUCACUUCAUUUCAGGUGCAUAUGUUUCGAUAGAAUGCGGAAACUCGAGCUCGAGCCUGAGCUUCCGACGAGAAGUGAGGACGAAUAAGCAUGGAAAAUUCAAGGUCCGUUUACUGCCUUCGAUGGGCAAAUAUGUGCAGAGAGUCGAGGGCUGCGCAGUGAAGCUGAUGAAAAGCGGCGAUCCGGGCUGCAGCACCGUGUCCUUAGGUGUUUCAUCUUCGCUUCGACUAAAGUCAAUGAGGCACGGACUCCGCAUAUUCUCGGCAGGGCUUCUCACUUUCAAGCCCCCGAAACAACCGGGCAGGUGCACCGAAGGUCCAGCUCCAGGAGUUCCCAAGUUCAGUUCCAAGAAAAACUCGAUACCCUCGAAAAAUUUUCUCCCACCAAUCCCAGGGCUAACGCCGCCAUCAUUUCCUUUCCCAUUUCCAUCACCACCGCCAUUAAUCCCUUUGCCACCAAUCCCAUGGCUGACGCCGCCACCGCCACUGAUUCCUCUGCCACCGAUCCCGUGGUUGACACCGCCACCGUCGCCAUUCAUUCCUUUGCCACCAAUCCCGUGGCUGACCCCGCCGCCACCGCCGUCAUUCCCCUUCCCUAUCCCUCCACUGCCGUCGUUCCCACCAAUACCGGGAUUUACUCCCCCGCCGCCUCCGCCACCAUCAUUCCCUUUUCCUCCGUUGCCACCAUUCCCGCCACUGCCACCAAUUCCUUUCCCACCACUACCCGGAUUCACUCCAUCUCCGCCACCACCACCUCCUCCUCCCCCACCGUCCUUCCCCUUUCCUCCUCUCCCUCCAAUAUUCCCAUUCCCUCCACCACCCCAUUCCCCUUGUAAACGCCCAGCUUCAACUCGCCCAGAGAAGAUUUCCCCAUGAUUAAACUACAAUUAGUCCAUACAUACACAAAUUAGUUGCACCAUAUUUUCUACUGCUAUUUCCAUGCUUUUUUAUAGUGUCGUGCUAAUUAUUGCACCUCCUCUGGUAUGCGGUGUGCAAAUCUGUAGCGUGUAAUUUGUCAAUUAUAUUGUAAUAUAAGAAUGUGCUCUCCUACUGUGCAA